GACCCAGAUCUCAUAUCAAUUAAGAUUCAAUUGCCACAAAAUUCUCAUUGGCAAAUUACCAAAUUCAAUAUUUAACGCAAAAAAAAUCACAGCACCCAUCAAAGAACUUUUUUUUUCUAUUUCAAAAAAUGAAAAUUUUUCAUCAAAAAUUAAGAAAAUGAAAUUUUUGAUUCUUUUAAUCAUAAUUAACACAGCAAUAAGCUCAUCAUCAUCCUACAUUUACGACGAUCGUUUGAAAAGUCUUCAGUCUCAAAUAAAUGAUGUGAAAAUAAAAGUUGAUGGUCUGCUAAAAUCUUGUAAAAAUGAAACAAAUUCAACAUCAGAUGAUGGAAGGUAUAAAGGAAGUGUGUCUACAUUUCUGCAUAAUAAUGGAACUGACAAUCUACAUCAGAAUGAAACUGCUGCAAAUACAUCAUCAACUUCAAACUAUUUGACCGAAAUUAAGGAAAAGAUUCAAAAAUUCUUUCACAUCAAGAAAGAUUCUAAAAAUAAAGAAGUGACGAAGAUCAAGCGAUGUCUUUCCAAAACUGUAGGUCGGAACUGUGAGAAAGUCGAUAUGAAACUGUCAAAUGAUGAGGAGGUUAAGCAACUUCUUAUGAAAUUUUUCAAAUGUUUGAGUCUUCAUGGUGGAAAAGUUUUUAAUGCAAGUGACAUAAUUCAAGCAGACCCACCCGACCUCAAUAACUACGAUUUUGCAUCCACAACAGCAUGUCCAGAAAAGGAAGAAGACGAAAAUGACACCACAAGAACUCAGGCAUACUUAAGAUACCUAGCAAGUAGCAAACAUACAGUCGAAGAAAUAGGAAAGCCAAAAUUUAAGAAACCAGACCUGAAAAAGACACAAGAAAUCAUCGACAAUGCGAAAAGUUCAAUGUGGAUUAAUUUUGAGGUUGAAGAAGUGUCAACAACGGCUCCGAAAACAACAACUGAGGAAUAUGAGAAUGUCCCGGAACUACCAAUUCUGAAAAGAGAAGCUGAAAAAGACACCAAAAAAGACAAAAGAAAUGGACUUUUUAAAGGAAUCAUAAAUUCAGUCAGUGACUUUCAGUAUGAAGUUCCAAAUGUUGCAUUAAGCCUCGAGCAGUCAACACCAGAUGGACGUGAGGAAUCGAUAGAUGAAGUCAAUAAAUUGGUCCAAAAGAUAUCAAUCCAGCAGCAAGAAGAUUUAAUGAAGUUCCUUGAUCAGCUCAACGAGAAGCCAAAAGAAUUCAAAUUUAAUGUCGAUAAAUAUUUCAUGCUGGCUUUUGAGAACCUGACAAAGUCUGGAAAUGAGAAUUUAGAUGAGUCUGACAACAACACAAAUGUUGGUGCCAAAAAGUAUUUCGAGUUUGAUUCCGGAGCUAAAAAGAAGAGACAUACAAAAGAUAAGAGAAUCCAGGAACUAUCGCAGCAUUUCGUCAAUCAGUUUAAAGACCAUCGGGAUGAGAAAUUUGUGGAUUAUAAGAAAGUUGUGGAACAUGCUUACAAUCAUCAUGUUGACAAUUCGUUCCUUGAUAAAAGUUUCAGACUUAACGACGGUUCCAGCAAGACAAGUGAGCUUAUCAAGCCAAUGCACAUCAUUAAUAAUUUAAAAAGUCCUAAAGAAAUUAACAUGGAUAUUGAACUAGGGGAGCAGAUUAAGGAAAUUGAAGAUGACUUCCAUCCAGCAGACAGUAAAAGAACAGAUUCUGAAGGUGCUGUAGAUGCUCCAUUUUAUAAGACUGAAGGAGUUUUGGAUAUGAAUGAAUUUGAUGAAUUUUCGCCGUAGAAUUUUUUUUUUUAAUUUAUGAGAAGUUUGGAUGGGAUGUUACGAAAUAUUGUGUAACUGGCUAUGCUAAAUAUUUAUUUUAUCUGUAUUGGAAGUGAAGCUCAAUAAAUAAUUUGAUGUUUA